GAUCGAAAAUUCAGCAGUCUCGAGCAGCGAUCAAAUUCUGCGUGAAACUAAGAAAUCUAGUUCCGAAACGUUGGAGAUGUUGAGAACUUGCUUAUGGAGGUGCUGCUUUAUCUUCAGAUCGCGUAACGCUGCUCAAAAUAUAGUUUGUGCUGAAUUUUCACCCGUGACAAGACACAAAAAUUAAAACGCAUUUUGCUGAUCGUUGAUGGUAUCGACUGUUAGACAGGCUUAGAAAUAACUGAGAAGAAUCAGAUUGUAUAACAUCCCGCAUCUAAUGCCCUGUCCAAUGGAUCCACUUCUUGACAAUUCUGAUUAGGCCCCCAAAAAUAGUAUUAUUACUUUUAAGACAGACCAUGAAAAGGAUAAACCGAACAGUACAACAAUGAAUGGUUCACCAGGCAGUGCUGGAAUGGGUGAACAAAUGGGUAUCAAAAUUGAACCAGCAGAAGCCGAGUCGUUAUCUAUGUCCGGAAGCAGCGGCAUUCUUACUCCUAUCAAUUCUUACACCUGUGUUAAGCCUAUUAGUCCUGAACAGGAAGAACUGAUAAAUAGGCUCGUGUCUUUUCAAUGUGAAUUCGAACAACCAAGCGAAGAGGAUCUGAAAAGGAUCACAAAUCAACCUAUGGAAGGCGAAGAUCCGAGUGAAUAUAGUUUCAGGCAUAUUACUGAAAUUACAAUUCUGACUGUUCAGUUGAUCGUUGAGUUUUCGAAGAGAUUACCCGGUUUUAAUGAGUUGUUACGCGAAGAUCAAAUCACAUUGCUGAAGGCAUGCUCCAGUGAGGUGAUGAUGCUACGAAUGGCAAGAAAGUAUGAUGUGCAAACCGACAGCAUCAUUUUUGCUAACAAUCAAUCAUACACGCGUGACAGUUAUGACGCUGCCGGGAUGGGAGAAACCAUUGAGGAUCUUUUACGAUUCUGCCGGCAAAUGUACUCUAUGAGGGUCAAUAAUGCCGAAUAUGCUUUGCUCACAGCUAUUGUCAUCUUUUCAGAGAGACCCAAUUUAUUGGAAAGCAGAAAAGUGGAGAAGCUUCAGGAGAUCUAUUUGAAGACAUUGAAAGCAUAUGUGGAUAAUCGUCGUCGACCGAAGUCUGGUACGAUCUUCGCUAAACUUCUAUCAGUUCUAACCGAACUCAGAACCCUUGGCAAUCAAAACAGUGAAAUGUGCUUGAAUCUGAAAUUGAAAAACAAGAGGCUGCCACUUUUCCUCGCCGAAAUCUGGGACGUGGUGCCCUAGUUUCCCAGUCGCCGAUCAACGGCGAUCGCGCCGAUCGGCUGAAUAAAUCUUUUGACGUCGCAGUAGCAGCAACAGCAACAACGGCGUCAAUGGACGCAUGGACGUGGAAAACGGCCUGCGUAAUUCUUGUACUAGUGCACUAUUAUGCCACUGCCUCAACAUCGCAAGUCAACAUAUUGUAUCAGUGCUAUCUUAGAUUCAUUUCGAUCAUUUGUUCUUUCUUGAUCGACUAUCUCUAGGUAUCAUCCUAGAUCGAUCCUUAUGGCUUGUAAGACAAGCAUAGCAUGUAAACCGGUCCUAUACUAUUCGCGUGAGACUUGUGUGUGACGCAUAAAAAGUUAUUCUUUACGGAUAUAUAUGAGAUACUGCAAAAAAUAAAGUUGUAAAUUUAUCAAAAUGAAAAAUGAUAACAUGCGCUUAAAAAUGACGUGUUGGUGAUGCAUACAAUGCAAUGUGAGAGGUCUACAUAAUACCAUAGAUACACUUUAAAGAAUCGAGAAUUCAUCGAAAAUUUAAAAAAUUGUAUUUCUUUCAAAGAUCCAUCGUAAAAGUGUACAUGAUAUAUCUGUAUGAUUUAUGGAACUAUUGAUCUUCGUAGAUCUAGCCAUUUAUCAAAUAUGAAAUUUUUGUAAUAUUCAUCUAUUCAAAACUAUUUAAAUUGAAAUAGGCACUUAUCCAAUCAUACCAAUACUUUCUUUCAUUCACAGAAUCGCAGAAAUAUUAUAUUAUCAAUACUUUCUUUCAUUCACAGAAUCACAGAAAUAUUAUGUUGAUUGCAUGAUUGUAGACUUACGCGAACCGUGUGAGACCGGUUCAAAAAUGAGGAACAGGGAAGGCCUCGCACAUUGAAGAUACGCGCAGAAAUAUACAAGUUCCAAAUAGGAACAAGGAAAGGAAUGGAUGUGGGAAUUGGAAUAAAAUAUAUCAUUGUGAGAGAAAGGCAGUGGCGCGGCCCAGGCUGUGAUACAUAGAGAACAGAGAUUGAAGAUAUAUAAAGAAAGCUACCUGCAAUUUACAUUUUAUCGCUAUUUCCUCUACCUGGAUACAUCCUUACACACAAUCGAUAUGUAAAUGUAAUGUAUUAUACGAUAAGGUAUUGAUAUAUUUGAUGAAUGUAUGUUGUUACAUUUGUCAUUCUUGAGAAAAUGAAUAGCAGCAAGUGCGGUUACUAUAAGAGAGGGAAAGAAUAAAAAAUUAUAUUAGCAGGAUGAGACUAAAAUCGUGACGAAGAAUGAUUUAAACAAUCGGCGAUGCUGCUGAUGAGGAUUAACAAAUUUGAAGAUUAAAAUCUGUAAUCAAUAAUACAGCAUUUUCCCAGAAAUCUUUGCCAUGAAAAAAAUGAAAAAGAAUUAAGCCCGUAAGAUAUGUACUAUUGAGCAGCGUCACGUGAAUGCGCGAAAAAGAAAAAGAAAAUAGAUAUGAUAUGUAUAACAAUAGCAUAGAAUCUAUAUCACUCAUACACAUACAGCAUAAUAUAUCUUACUAGCAUGUACAUUGUUUAUACCAGAGAGAGAGAGAGAGAGAAAGAGCGUAGGGAACAGGCGUGUGUGUGUGCGCGUGUGUGUGAAAAAGAGAAAGAGGGGUGAAGGGGGAGGGAGAGAGAAGGAGAGACUAGAGCGAAAAUGAGAAGGGUGAAAAAGGAGAGAUUGGAAAGGAUCUACACCGCAGCAGGAUGGCGCGUCUUGAAAAUAUGUAUUAAUAUUUUUAUUAAUACAAGUCACAUAAAGAUGUACAGGACGUCCCCAGAAAAGAGAAAAGGCAAAA